GUGCACCCAUUAUUAUGUCUUUCCCACACUUUUACCAAGCAGAUGAGAGGUUUGUUUCUGCCAUAGAUGGCAUGCAUCCAAAUAAAGAAGAUCAUGAGACAUUUGUGGACAUUAAUCCUUUGACUGGAAUUAUCCUAAGAGCAGCCAAGAGGUUCCAAAUCAACAUUUAUGUGAAAAAAUUAGAUGAUUUUGUUGAAACAGGAGACAUUAGAACCAUGGUUUUCCCAGUGAUGUAUCUCAAUGAGAGUGUUUUAAUUGAUAAAGAGACUGCGAGUCGACUCAAGUCUGUGAUUAACACUACUUUGAUUGUCACCAACAUACCCUACAUCAUCAUGGCGCUAGGUGUGUUCUUUGGCUUGGUCUUCACCUGGCUUGUGUGCAGAGGGCAACAGGGAUCCAUGGAUGAGGGAACGGCAGAUGAAAGAGCGCCCCUCAUACGAACCUAACUAUCAUCUGAGCUUGCUGAAGGGAGCGUGGGAGCUGUCCGGACUUGGACCAUAACGUGGGAGACCCUCUGCGUCCUCACAGGCGUGUUGCCUGUUGGAAGGAGGGAAAAGGCACAGCGCUGGCAAGUGAUGAGGGCGUCCCAGCCAGAGGUUAAAGAGCAGGCUGACAUGGCUGGCUGUUAUGCUUUAUAAAAUCAUGUGGUCUCUGAAACUGUUUUUCAUGUUUAUUUAAUAAACACUUGUAUAGUAAUUUUUUUUGUUGGGUGCUGGUAGCUCCAAAAUUUUGACCACUGUUGUAGGUAUAAUGUCUCUGCAUUACUUGUUAAUGUUACUUGGUCUUUUAUUCAGUAUGCUUCUUUCACUGAAUUUUGUGCUCGAAAUACACAGAUAUAUUUUAUGUUGUAUUCCUCCAUUUCACUUCCAAAACAGAAGUAAAUAAGAGUUUGGAACCCAGGGGAGAAUGGUAUCCUCAUUCAAUACAUUAUUCCAAUGCAGCUGAUUUCCUCUUUUAAAACAUUGCAUAUUGCAUUUUAAGCUAAUCUUCAGUUCAUUUUCCUUUAGGAAAAUAACUCAGACUUCCGACUACUUUUAUACUACGUAGGGAUCAAGCAAGGAGGGGAUUGGGUGGGGUGGUACCCUUAAGUUGAUAGUGAUAAGCUCCUAAUGAUUUUUAACUUGUAUUUUGUGAACCAGGAGAACGUAUAAAUAAUGUUGGUGAGGAUAAGUUCAGAUAUUCCAUAUAGAGUAGAACUAAAUGCUAGUUAUGACACUUGUUGUUAGUUAAGUGUUAUUUUUUAGUGAAAAUGAUCUUGAUGUGAAAAGAUGCUUCUGGGAGAGUGUAAUCAGUAACUGAUUUUUUCCCCCAGUCACCUCUGCCAAGUAUGAUUCUGUAUUAAUUACAAUACCAUCGAGUGAUUAUUUGUAAAAUUAUGAAUAUAGGAAAUUAUCCAUCCACAGUCUAGGUUACACAUAAAGUUCAGGCAGAUUGACUACAGUAAAGAGACAUUUCUUCUGGAGCAGUUUCCUUGUUAACUUUGAAAUAUUUUUAUAAGUUCUUUCCUCAGAUCCAGUUCCUUUCAGCCUUUGGUGGCUCACUGUCACUUCCUGAAAAAUAGAGAAAAAUUUGCUUUACAUUUUCUGUAACAAUCAUUUUGCUGACAGAUGGACGGGUGUUUAAAGUAUUGGACAGAAAGUGCUUUUAAAGAAAGGUCCCCUGAUGCCAGAAGCUGAACCACCUCUCUUUAAAAGACUUCUUGGCUUUCAGUGUAAUGUAAGUUAGAGGAUUGGGAACUAUUGAAUGUCACAGUGUUCAGAAUUCAAUAUAUUUAAGGGCAUUUUCUUUGAUUCUCUCAUUCAUUUUUAAUUGAGAAGGCUAUAUAGCUAUCUGUCAAAGUGCUUAUAGAAUACUGAAUCAUUCUAAGAAAUUUUUUGUACAAAACUGAAUUUCAGUGUAAGCAAAUGAAGAAAAAAAAUCAUGGCUUCCACUUACAUAGCUUCUGAUCCCUGUAUGGAGGUGAUAAAUUGCCUUAAUUUACAUGCCCCAAUUCUCUCUUUCUACACUAAAGCAAUAUAUGGUGUGUUUAUCUUCUUGAAGGAACAAUUCAUUAAGCUCUCAACUUUUCUAUAAAUUGAGAUAGAACCUUUACAUACCCUGAAUCAGCAAAAUGUAAAAAACAAAAUAAAAAAUAUUUGGUCUUCAAUAACGCUAAAUAUUUAAAUUUUGGGAAUUUAUUAAUACUUAACAUCGUAUUCUUUAUGCAUCUACUUAUUCACACUAAUAAAAUUGAUAAGCCAGUGUGUACUCAUUGGUUCAGUCCUAUUAUCAGGAUAUAUCAUCUAUGAGGAGGAAAUUUUUAUAUACGGCAAGUGGUAGCAGUUAAUGAUGGAUACACAUUUAGACUGAAUCCCACACAGGCAGGGAGACAAAACAUAUUAAUUCCAUAUUUAUGUCAUGAUUCUUAAUAGGUGGCUUGCUUAAAAUCACAUUUGAUAUUUUCCUUCCGAAGUCUGUGGUAAAUCCGUAAACUGCAGUCACAAUUAGAAUAGACUGGUUGAGAAGAAUGAAUGUCCCUAUGGGGUUUUGGGUUGAAAAUAAACUUUUCCUCACGCUCAUUCUCUUGCAGCUAUUAUCUUGGAAAGACCCCCAGAGGUUUUGUGAUUGUCAGCAGUGUCACGAUCACAGAAUGCAGGCACCAUGAUACUCACAGGGGGAGAAACCAAGAGAGUGCUUAACUCACCUCUCUCAGGGAAAAUUGGGAGUUGAGCACAGUACAGGAAAUGGGCUUUGCCACUUUUAGUUCCAGGCUUUUCUCAGUAGAUUUUAUAUCCUUGUGUUCUAGAAAGAUCACUAAUGGUCGAGUAGAACAAGUUCUACACAACUAACCCCUAUUGGGGUUUUUACUUAAGGGAGGCUAAUUUUUAAUUUAAAUUGCUCGAGAUAUGCAUUCUACAAAAGUAAGUCUCAUACUUGGCCCUCUGGCCAUUAUUACUAGAGUAAAUUGCUUGUGCUUAUUAAAGGGAAUACUGAACAGAAAGCUCUUCAUGUAGCUUAUACAGUUGGUGCAUUUCAUGUGAUUCUUGACAUGUUUACUUCCACCCUUAAUGCAAUGAAAUGUUUCACUAAUAAAAAAAACUUUAUAUAAAA